CGUCACGUGACCGCCGUGAACCGGAGAUUUGAGCGUCCAGGGCUUCUCCCGCUACUUCAAGUGCAAGUCCAGCGGAACGCGACGCGCACUUCACGCCAUUCACAGCCCGACUGUUGAAACGCAAAGUUCGCUUGUGUGACCUAAGGAGAGGGGGUGGUCUUGAAUUAAUCUCUCUACUUUGACGGAGCUCAACAGUGACGCCGAGUCUGCUGUCUCUUGUUUUACAGACCGGAGCGCUGCAUUGAUAACGAGAAUAGACUACAGCAUUUAUAAGUAAUCGGAGUUUUAAUAAAAUGGACACGGUAUGCUUCAUACAGUGAUGUCAACGGUUAAGGUGGCUUACCAUCUGUACUAGUUAACCAGGAAAGAUAGCCUACCCAUCAGUUUCUCCUCAGUCCUCAGAGAAGAAUUUCAAGUCAUCUCUUGGACUUCGUUCAAGAAGAAAACACUUUUUGUAAUCGACGAGGACAACUAAACGCUUAUUUCCCUGCAUACGACCGUUUAACUUCAGGUUGAAUAUACAUCCGGACCUCCUCAUAUAUGUCAAGGAAAUACUAACACUAAUUAAUCAAGAGCGCUGUGGAUCAGCUGUUUGUUUCUGAUACCUCAAAUCUGAGAUGCUGUUAAACUAACAGGCUCAUGGACGACACCGUUAUUGUGCCGUUGCCAUACUAUUCCUGGCGUUUCGUGCAUUCACUGGAUUACAGUCUGAAUUAAAAGCUGUGGAUGGACGAAAGAGGCUAUUUUUCCCUGUCUUGUGGAUUACUGAGAGCGAGAGAUACGCGUGGGAAUCGAGACACCUGAGUCGGAUACCUGUAACUUUUCUCUCUCGAAAGCUCUUCGGUCGCUGCUAGACUGUCUUUUUUUUAAUUCAACCUCAACCUGAUUUGAUAUAAUGGACGUGGUAUCUGUAGAUAAAGUUCCCCAGCAUCACAACCCUUGCUGGGAAUUCGUCUCUGGACUGUAGUCGGUCGGUCGGGAGUGAUAUUUCGGAGGAGCGCUGUUGUUUAUCAUCACAAACGGGAUUUAGCCUAUUCUGGAACUAUGAUGUCUGUUAUACGCUCUUGGAUGGAAACUCUGUUGCUGUAUAUGUUCAUUUCGUGUGUUGCUGGUAAAGUUUCCCCUACCAGUUCCGAUGCCCUCUUCAGUGUCCCUGUUCCCAGUGCCACCUCCAGCCCACCAGAAGUGUAUCUCCCUGCCACCUUUAAGCUCUCCAACACACAGCUGGCCUUCUUUCUUCAGGAAAACCGAGCUCCAUCAUAUGGCAGCCAGCGUGGACACCCUCUUCAGCGCUCGGAGAGCUUUGUGGUCUUCCAGACCAAGGAGCUUCCUGCGGUCAACAUCUCACUUGGGCCUUUCACCCAAGACCAGACUUUGUCCAAGGAUUUACUCCAGCCGUCAAGUCCUUUGGACAUUCCUGGAAGGCUGACUGUCAACUGGAAGGUCCGGGCCUUUAUUGUACAGUCUAGAGUUUAUGCUAGUAACCCUCUGGUUCAGGUACUGUUCUAUAUUGCAGGCAGGGACUGGGAUGACUUCAAGAUUCAGGACAAGCUUCCAUGUGUGAGGCUUCACGCUUUCAGAGAUGUUCGGGAGAUUAAAACAUCCUGCAGGCUUCAGGGGAAUCUGGCGCAGUGCUUGGCCCAACUGGACCUGCCUUCCACAUGGUUUAAUGUUAAUGUAGCACCAUUGGGCCGUAGAAAGUCCUCAGGGACGGAUGGUCUUGAGCUGACUGGGGAGACUCUUCAAGUGGAGCUUUACUACACCCUCCAUGAUCCAGAUAGCAAUGAUGAGUGUGGGGAGAGCUACCCACGCCGAGGAGGACCGUCCAGAGGCGAGAGCUUAUCCCAACAACCCCUUCUCCGCAUUGGGAGCAUCAGUUUAUACCAACCCAGUCAGGAACAACUGGUGGUAGACAAACAGCUUGACAAGAACCUCUUUCUGAGGCUGCCAGAACGGCCAUUAAAGCCAGGAGAGACCCUCAACAUCUAUCUGCUCUUGGUUCCGAAUUCUACAGUGGAGCAGUUUACGUUAAAGGUAAAAGCAAAGAAAGGGGUGAAUCUCCUCAGCACCAAGUCAAGGAGUAACCAGUGGAGGGUUGAAUGGGACAUGCAGUCCGGAGCCAAACACUCCAUCGCCACCGUUGAAGCCAGCAAGAUCAAAGGAGUGUCUGGGGACAUGGCUGGGAGUAUUGAAAUCAUGCAGCUAGACUUCGAGAUGGAGAAUUUCACCAGCCAAUCAGUCACUAGAAGGAUCAACUGGAAUAUUGAUUACCGGGGCCAGAAUCCGACCUCGGAUGCUGAGAAGGUGGUCACCGAGCUCACGGUUGUGCAGAAGGACAUCCAGGCCAUCAUUCCACUUUCAAUGGACACAGAGAUCAUCAACACGGCGGUUCUCACUGGCCGAACUGUGGCCAUCCCUGUCAAGGUGGUUUCUAUUGAGUUAAAUGGAGCAGUCACCGAUGUUUCAUCCUCUGUGCAGUGCAAGUCAUUCAACGAGGACAUCGUCAAGGUGUCCAUGAACUGUGACUAUGUGUUUGUGAAUGGAAAAGAGACGCGUGGCUCCAUGAACGCUCGGGUGAUUUUCAGCUAUGAGCACCUGAGUGCCCCUCUUGAGCUCACUGUCUGGGUGCCCAAACUGCCCCUUAAAGUGGAGCUCUCAGACAACAGACUGAGCUUCAUCAAGGGCUGGAGGGUGCCAAUUUUACCCGACCGCAGAACGGCCAGAGACAGUGAUGACGACGAUGACGAUGACCGCAAAGUGAGCCGGGGAUGUACACUCCAGUACCAGAGGGCCCAGAUUAAGGUUUUGACCCAGUUCCACACAACUUCAUCUGAAGGCACAAAUCAGAUGAUAACCAUGCUGGGUCCAGACUGGCAAGUGGACGUGACGGAGCUGGUGCAAGACUCCCUGAAAGUGGUAGAUGGACGGGUGGCCGAGCUGGCGGACAGGACAGUGCUAGUGGCCAACGAGCUUGGAUCGUCCACUCUGAAGGUUGAAUCCCCACUGGCAGUGGAGGCGGUACUGGGUGAAACGCAGUUCUCUGUGGUAGACGAGAAAGUGUCUAUAGUGGAGCUGCGUGUUCAUGCCAUCUCAGGACUGGCACUUAAUCUUCAACCAAGCCCUGGAAACAGCCAUACCAUGGUUGCCAAGGCAACUGGACUGCAGACUCUCUCCACUCUUAAGCAGGAGGCCAGCUUUUCCAUCUGGGUUUACUACAGUGACAAUACAGCAGCUCCACUGAGUAUGUAUGAUCCUAAAGACUACAACCUCAAUGGCACUUCAGCGGAUGAUAAGGUGGUCACGGUGGCACAACAACCCCAACAGCGGUGGCCAGUCAUCAUCGCUGAGGGUGAGGGCACAGGAGACAUAGUUCAUGUGGAGAUGACCAUCUCUGAAACCUGCCAGAAGACCAAACGUAAGAGCGUAAUUGCUUCAUCUUCUGUGUUUGUCAAAGUCCGAUUUGGAACAGAUGAAGACUCUGAGGAGGAUAUGGAGAUGGAGACUGAAAUAGACACUAGAAUGCCUGCCAACACAAGAAGGCCCGCUAUUGAUUCCAAUGUGGGUGGUGCAGGGUAUGAACCAUCUAAUGAGCAACCCGCAAGUGUACCCAUUGAUUACACAAACUUCCCUACGAUAAGCAAUCCGGAAGAACCAACUGAAGAAGACGAAGAGGAUGAUGAGUUUGUGCACAGUCCACGUAGCAUGACUGACCUAGAGAUCGGCAUGUAUGCUCUUCUUGGGGUGUUUUGUCUUGCUAUACUGGUCUUUCUUAUAAAUUGUAUCGUGUUCGUAUUGAAGUAUCGCCAUAAGCGCAUUCCUCCUGAAGGCCAAGCCAACAUGGACCAUUCCCACCACUGGGUUUUCUUGGGUAAUGGGGAACCCCUGCGCACCCAGAGUGACCUCUCACCCCAGACAGUAGAGAGCCCAAGCAACACUUUGGAGGGGGUUCAGACUUGCUGUCACGGGGACCACCACAGCAGCGGCAGCUCUCAGACCAGCGUACAAAGCCAGGUCCACGGUCGAGGAGAUGGCAGCUCUGGAGGUUCCACCAAAGACCAUGGAGAGGACGCCAGUUCACCAACCUCUAAACGCAAGCGUGUAAAGUUCACCACCUUUACUCUUCCCACAGAGGAUUUACCCUAUAACUCCAUCCCCAUUGCCAACGAAGAGGACAUUCAGUGGGUAUGCCAAGACAUGGGUUUUCAGGACCAAGAGGAACUGCACGACUACAUGCGCAGGAUAAAGGAAAUAGCCUGAUCGGGCUGUAAGCUUUCUAAUUUUCACUCUAUAGGAGGUACCCUUCACAAGAAAAACAACCAAGGCCUAGUGUCCAGUUUUAUUGGGGUUUUCUGCACAGUGCCGUUUCCCUUACACAUUGACACUUGUACAAACUAAAAACUAUUCAUGACGCUGCCAGGGAAGCCAAAGACGAGUCUAAGGGAUUCAAGUAAAAAUGGCUUUAGCGGUGUGUAUGAUUGCUGCUCAGUAGGAGAGAGUGUACAAUCUUUAAGGGAAACAUAGUUUCAGUUGUGAACACUGAUAUCAAAAUGGAUUCCUGAAGUACUCAAUCAUGUGUGGGUCACCCGGUUGUGGAUAGGAUAUUUCUCAGAGGAAUGCCUGGAGUCUUGGCACUGUGUCCAUUCUUCUUCUUCUACUUCUACUUCUUCUCUUUUUUUAAUUCAACGGAUUCUUCUCCAACAAAGAGGCCUUUGAAGUGCAGAUUCUACUUUUGUCCCAGAUUUGUGUUCGAGAUGGAUCAUUUUCAUGCCAUUGUUGAUAAACCUGACACUUAGCCACAAACACUGACAGGGACUUUCGUGAGAACGUGCCAUGGAUUCUUUGUCAGUAUUGGAAAAGUUGAAUGGUUUCACCCCCACCCCACCGCCCCCUCUAUUCAGCAUUAUCUCAGUUCAGCACAUGCCUUGGUUGUUGAAUUAGUUAUUCGUAUGUCUUUGGUAUUUCGUUCUCAUUCUCAGUCUGGAUGCCACCUCAGCUUCUUUCACUGUCUUGGUUCAAUCAAAUGCCUUAUACAAUGGAUCUCAAUAGUCACAACCUAUCCCUGUGUUGACACCACAUUUGUUCACAUUGGUAAGGGCCAAAGCAGGGGCGACUCUUCAGAUGUCUGAAUCCCCAAUUGAAUGCGUGUCAGCACAGGGAAGGUGGGAGCUUGUACAUUGUGGAGUUAGAUAUCUUCUCCAGCAUUCCUCUGCAUGAAUGGAGACUUGGAGGCACAAUUAACGCAAUUUUGUUUCUUUUUUACUUUGUAUAUGUUUGUAUUGUGAGAAUUAUCUAAUCAUUCAUAAAUAGAGGACAUAUCAUGCUACCAUGCAUUACAUGCAUGUGCCAGACCCUCCCUCCUGUGUACAUACCAUGUUCAGUACAAAACGAUUGCUGAAGCUUAACUCCAUUGAGGAAUAGGGGAGGCAGAUGCCAUAUAGGGACUCGGCAGCUGGAUACUUGAAUCUCAGUGAGGCUCUCUUUUCUCUUUUUCUCACUCUUUACUGAUCUCACCGUGAAUUCCCAUCCAGGUGGUAACAGAGUUCUCUGGUAAGGAUAAAAUGCUAUGCAAACACACUGGAGGGGCUGAUUAUUGCGGUUAAGUAAAUCCGCCCCAGACAUUGCUAUAGCACCAUGAUUAUUUCCGUUAAUAUACCAAGGAAUAUCUCAAAGCUAGUUGUAACAAUGUAAAUUGCAGGUUUUAAGAUUAGUUACAAUUUGUAUUACAUUUUGAAUCUCUCUAGAUUUGUUUAAUAAAACGCCACAAAAUGUGGCAGCACAGUAGGUGGAGCCCAAAACUGUUAACGAUUAGGUAGUUUAGAUAGGGUUACACUGGUAACGGGUCUGGAAGCUUUUUAAUGGUGGGGCACAAAGAAUUUAUAUCUGUAUUGCGGCUGACCUGUCAUGGGUUGGUUUCAGGGUUACGGUCCCCCGGUUUCUUCAGGAUGACUAAAUUCACACACUGUACUGAAUGCUUAUUUUCCCACUGUGCAGAUUUGUAACAUGCAGGAUUUACCCUUAACUUUAUUUGCUUUUAAUAGUCUUAUAAUAGUCAUUUUCCUGUAAGCAGGAGGGAAUGCCUGUAUUUUGUGUCCUUGUUUUAUAGAUUUCAUUUUUAUAUUUUAUUUUUUUUAAAUCACCCCUUAAUUUAUUAAGGGGCCCUUUGCACUCCAGAUAUGGUAAGAGUCACAGAGAACGGAAGGCUGACACCUCUCCACUUUUCUCCUAUAAUUUGUAGCCCCUUUCACCCCUUUGUCAAAGGAUAUUUAAACCCUCAAUCAUGAUGUGUGAUGAAAUGUUAAUUGAUCAUGUACCAUGUCAAGGUAUUAGGAUGUGAAUGACAUUCGAAGUGUUGGUCAGAGAUUAAGUUUGACCCACACUUUGCAGAUACGGAGGCUCAGAACUGAAUGUAACUUUUUCAACUGUACCUUGACGAUCAAAAUAAACUGAAUUUCCAAUGUAUUAUUAAGGUCUUCUGAUGGGGUACAGGCUUGAUACGCCUACUAGCAAGUUUCUGGUAGCAGCUCAUACACUUUAUUGGUUUGUUUGUUUUCUUUCUAAAGUUAUUUUUCCAUAGUGUAACACCUCCAUCAGGACUUUUAUUUUUUAAUCUUCUUUCUACAGAUGUAUGUAUGUACUUUAUAUGAAAUAGCAGUUGCAAGAUCUGUGCUUUCAUUUUUCUUUUCUUUUUUCCAGAGGAGCUGCUACUAGGCAUUUGCCUUGACCACAUGCUGUGUUGUGGUGUAGAUUUGGGCUGUACUCUAUGACCUGCUAAAGCACGGUACUGACAGCCAUGUGCUGCCACACCCUUAAUGUACAGAGCACUGUUACAACAUCCUGUAUCCUCCCUAAAAACAGCUGUUGUAUUUCCCUCCUUAUAUGUAAGUACUAAAGAAAAUACAAUGCAUAAUGUU